AUGAGCAUAACACAGGAAAAUAUGCUUACCCUGCUGGCACAAGUCGAGCAAUGCUUGAAUUCCCGACCAAUCACUCAUCUAUCGGACGAGCCAUCAGAUAUGGAACCCUUAACACCGGGACAUUUUCUCAUCGGUAGCAGCAUGCAAGCAGUACCAGACGCCAACUACACCGACAUGCCAGACAAUCGCCUGAAGGAGUAUCAGCUAGUGCAAAAGCACAUGCGAAAUAUUUGGUCUCGAUGGUAUCCGGAGUAUAUUCAGCAAUUGCACGCUCGAGCCAAAUAUUGCAAUGAAAAGAGCGUAAGACCCCUAAUGCUCGAUCCGCUCAACGUACCGGCCAUUAUUGACAGGCUUGAAGAAUCCUUCGGAAGACCCGAAGUAGUGUACCGGGAAAUGGUGAAAGAAGUUCUCAAGGUACGAAUAGAGAACCCCUAUAAGAUUCCUGAGCUGGCUGAUGCGAUCGACAACUUAGUGAUGAACGUCACGGCGUUGAAUUGUACGAACUACUUAAAUGAUCCGAGGUUGAUCGAUGACGUCAUGGCAAGAAUGCCCAUAUCCUAUCAGUUGGAAUGGAUCGAUUAUACAUCCGAGCUGCGAACGGGAGAACAUACAACACUAAACGAGUUAAACGAUUGGUUGAAGUUGCUAGCUCGUAAGAUCCGACGAGUAGUGAAAGGGUCAGGACGAGAUCAUCUUCUGUUACACGAAGACGAUUUUAAACAGCAAGAUCAACGCUCCCUACAGCCAACAAACGAAAAGAAAGGCUUUACGUGUCCAGAAUGCGGAAACAAUCACUCAGUGAUACAAUGUGAGGCCUUUAAAGGCAAGACUAUCGCCGAUAAGUGGGCUACGGUGAAAGCAGCUAAACUGUGUCAUGGGUGUCUACGUUUCUCGAAUCACCAGAUUAAGGAUUUGAUUAAUCGAAACAAACCAGAACCUAAACCCAGAAUCGUUUUCGAUGCGGCAUCAAAGAUCGAAGGAGUGUCACUGAACUCGCAACUCCUACCGGGGCCAGAUGCUUUAACAUCACUAUUCGGAAUAUUGAUUAGAUUUCGCGAGGGGAAGAUAGCUGUGGCUGGGGACAUCAAAGAAAUGUUCCACCAAGUGAAAGUGCGUCCCGAAGAUCAACAGGCGCAGUGUGUCCUAUGGCGCGGAUGCAAUGAAGAAAAACCGCCAGAAAUCUACACGAUGCAAGUGAUGACCUUCGGCGCCACAUGCUCACCGGCAUGCGCCCAAGCAGUGAAGAAUGAAAAUGCGCGGCGCUGCAAGCAAUCCCACCCGAAGGCUUACAAAGCCAUACUAAACCAACAUUACGUAGACGAUUACAUUGACAGUUUUUCCACCGAGAUAGAAGCUAAAGAGACUACCAAGCAAGUCAUCACCGUCCACGAUCAGGCUAGCUUCUUCAUACGCAAUUUUAUCAGCAAUUCGGAAUGCUUGCUAAGUGCGAUCCCCUCUGAAAGACGACAAAGUGGUGAAUCAGUUGUCUUUUUCGAAGAGAAACACGGAACGUAUGAUAAGAUACUGGGAGUGCAUUGGAACAUCGUAUCCGACUGUUUAGGGUACAACAUCAAAUAUGAUAACGUCCGCACCGAUCUCUUGUCCAAACAGAACCCGACGAAAAGAGAGGUACUAAGUUUCGUUAUGAGCAUCUACGAUCCCUUAGGUCUGCUCAGUUACAUAACCAUUCAAGGAAGAAUAUUGCUACGAUCGCUACACAGAGCAAUGACCGAUUGGGAUGAACGUAUACCUGAAGAUCUUGGAGUUAAAUGGCGUGAAUGGUUGAUUCUAGUGAAAGAGGCAAAUCGAUUCGAAGUCUCACGAUGCGUCAUACCGGCGAAAACACAAUCAAUCGAACUGCACACGUUCGUAGACGCAUCGGAAGAAGCAUUCGCGGCGUGCGUGUACCUUAGAAGUUUCAACGGACAAAAGUACACGACGCAUUUACUUGCUGCAAAAGCGCGAGUGGCUCCUUUAAAAAACUUAUCUAUCCCGAGACUCGAGUUGCAGGCAGCCGUGCUGGGAGUGCGACUCACGCAUUUGGUGAAACAGGAGCUACGAGUAACGAUUGAAAAGACGACUUACUGGAGUGAUUCACAAACGGUACUAGGGUGGAUCGUGAACCGCAAAAGAAAAUACCAUCAGUUUGUCGCCCAUCGAGUCAGCGAAAUACUCGAGACUUCUGCCAUGGAUCAGUGGCGGUGGGUGCCCACUAAAGAAAAUCCCGCCGACCGAGCGACGAAGAUAACGGCGACUGAUGAUGUAUGGAAGCAUGGCCCAUCGUUUUUACUGCAACAGGAAACCAUGUGGCCACAGGCUCGCAUAAAGCCUACAGCAGAAGAGGAACGCGUUAUGCAUCAUUUUGAAGAACGUAAGCUGCUGAACGAGGACUACUACUCAGACUGGAGGAAGUUAGUGCGGCAUGGAGUAAUUCUUCGAAAGUUUGUCCAUUAUCUAAAGGACAAGACAAGGUUUUCACCGACUACAAGAACGUCGGACGUAGCGGCUGUUAAGGCAAUGAUGUACAUCAGAGCGCAGCGCGAGUGCUUUCCAGCGGAGUAUUCGGCUCUAGAAAAGGAAACCCCAGUGAGCAAACAAAGUAUACUGAACAAGUUGGUGCCAUUCCUGGAUGACCGGGGUAUCAUGCGGUCAAGAAGCAGAUUAGAGAAUUUAGAGGUAAUACCACCAGGCACUCGAUGCCCGAUUAUCAUACCGCAAAAACACCGAAUCACGAAGCUACUAGUACGAGACUACCAUGAACAAUCCUUACACCAAGCCGAUAAUGUUGUUAUUGGCAAUCUGCGACAAGAAUUUUGGAUCAUCAACGUGCGUGCGGUCCUGAACAACGUCAAAAGAUGCUGCCAAUGGUGCAUCUUACAUGCCUGCAAGCCAGCACCACCCCUGAUGGCUCCCUUACCGGAAUUUAGAGCCAAUCCCUAUACAUCACCAUUCCUGCACACCGGCGUUGACUACUUCGGACCAUUUGAAGUAGCCAUAAGAAGAUCGACGGAGAAACGUUGGGGUGUGAUUUUCAUCUGCAUGUCCACAAGGGCUGUGCAUCUAGAGUUGGCUAAGAAACUGGACACUGACAGCUUCUUAGUCUGUUUGAAGAAUUUUCAACAUCGGAGAGGAAAAAUCGGCCAUCUGUACAGUGACAAUGGCACUAACUUUAUUGGAGCUGAUAGGGAACUAAGCAACCUGGUCGCCGACAUCAACGAUCGGAUGGGAAAGGAAGCAGCGAUCCAAUACAACAUUGAAUGGCACUUCAAUCCGCCUUCAGCACCACACUUUGGCGGUAUUUGGGAGCGACAAAUCCAAACGAUAAAGAAAGGGUUGCGGCAAAUGAUGGACGAAUGGAGGCUGAGGAAACCGUCGCCGGAAACGCUAGUGGCCACGUUAAUUGAGAUCGAGUUCAUCUUGAACUCUCGGCCAUUGACACACAUCCCGGUGACUAACGACGAGGAGGAAAUCCUUACUCCUUUUCAUUUUUUGAUAGGUCGAAGCGGUAGUGCCGUGCCCCCCUUAUCACUGAUGACUUCUAGCAUCGAUGUCAAGCAGUACAAGCAGGUCCAACAUCACUCGAAGGUGUUUUGGGAUAAAUGGAAGCGAGAAUACCUGCCCACUCUGCUGAAACGUGAUAAAUGGACAAACAAGGUCGAGCCGCUGAAAGAAGACGACUUAGUGGUCCUGACCGAUGACAAUGCAACUCCUGGAAAAUGGUUAAAGGGGCGAAUCACAAAAGUAUAUCGUGCGGCAGACGAUCAAGUGCGAUCAGUAGAAGUGCGAACCGUAAACGGCGUAUUAAAAAGACCGGUGGUGAAAGUAGCAUUAGUGAAUGUUAGACAGAAGGAACACAUACUAAAUGUAAAUGGCAAAAGACGAAAUGAGAUAGGUGGAAGAAACGAUGUCGCAAAAAUGAAACGAAACCAAGAAUAA